CACAUUGAUGGAGGCUUGCAAGCCAGUCAUAAUGGUAUCGAUGGACUUAGAGACCAAGACAUUUCCCAAACCCAAAAUUGCAGUCAAGGUUUCCUUCCCUAUCUUCAUUCCAUUUCUUACUCUGUAGCAUAAUAUAUCUAUCUAUAUAUACUCACAGUUCCAUUAAUGAGAAAUCAGAACACAAAAGAAUGGGUAUUACUACUUCCCUCUCAUAUCUGUUGUUCUUCAACAUCAUCCUCCCAACCUUAACGGCUUCUCCAAUACUGUUUCAGGGGUUCAAUUGGGAAUCAUCCAAAAAGCAAGGAGGGUGGUACAACUUCCUCAUCAACUCCAUUCCUGAACUAUCUGCCUCUGGAAUCACUCAUGUUUGGCUUCCUCCAUCCUCUCAGUCUGCUGCAUCUGAAGGGUACCUGCCAGGAAGGCUUUAUGAUCUCAAUGCAUCCCACUAUGGUACCCAAGAUGAACUAAAAGCAUUGAUAAAGGCAUUUCGCAGCAAUGGGAUCCAGUGCAUAGCAGACAUAGUUAUAAACCACAGGACUGCUGAGAAGAAAGAUUCAAGAGGAAUAUGGGCCAUCUUUGAAGGAGGAACCCCAGAUGAUCGCCUUGACUGGGGUCCAUCUUUUAUCUGCAGUGAUGACACUCUUUUUUCUGAUGGCAAAGGAAAUCAUGAUACUGGAGCAGGCUUCGAUCCUGCUCCAGACAUUGAUCAUGUAAACCCCCGGGUCCAGCGAGAGCUAUCAGAUUGGAUGAAUUGGUUAAAGAUUGAAAUAGGCUUUGCUGGGUGGAGAUUCGAUUUUGCUAGAGGAUACUCCCCAGAUUUUACCAAGUUGUAUAUGAAAAACACUUCGCCAAACUUUGCAGUAGGGGAAAUAUGGAAUUCUCUUUCUUAUGGAAAUGACAGUAAGCCAAACUACAACCAAGAUGCUCAUCGGCGUGAGCUUGUGGACUGGGUGAAAGCUGCUGGAGGAGCAGUCACUGCAUUUGAUUUUACAACCAAAGGGAUACUCCAAGCUGCAGUGGAAGGGGAAUUGUGGAGGCUGAAGGACUCAAAUGGAGGGCCUCCAGGAAUGAUUGGCUUAAUGCCUGAAAAUGCUGUGACUUUCAUAGAUAAUCAUGAUACGGGUUCUACACAAAAAGUUUGGCCAUUCCCAUCAGACAAAGUCAUGCAGGGAUAUGUUUAUAUCCUCACUCAUCCUGGGAUUCCAUCCAUAUUCUAUGACCACUUCUUUGACUGGGGUCUGAAGGAGGAGAUUUCUAAGCUGAUCAGUAUCAGGACCAGGAACGGGAUCAAACCCAACAGUGUGGUGCGUAUUCUGGCAUCUGACCGAGAUCUUUAUGUAGCUGCCAUAGAUGAGAAAAUCAUUGCUAAGAUUGGACCAAGGUAUGAUGUUGGGAACCUUGUACCUUCAACCUUCAAACUUGCCACCUCUGGCAACAAUUAUGCUGUGUGGGAGAAACAGUAAUCUUGGUCUGUAUUCGAUAUCGAAAAUAUAAUGUAUUGGAUUCCAUUACUAGAAUAAAUAUUGUCCAUUCUAUA